UAUCUUGUUGUAGGAAGAAGACUAACCUUCCUGGGCUUGGAGAAGCAGGAAAGGCCGCGGCUCGGGCCUGAGCUAGGCCGCAGCCAUGCUGAAGACAGAGCGGAUACUCCACUUGAAGACGCAGCGGGGCCGGACGCUGCGGGCCGUGCGGGAACAUUACCUGAGGGAAGACGUCAGCUGCGGCAGUGCACUGUGCCGAACCUGCGCCAGGGAUGGGAAACUUUUGUCUGAAGAUCUUACGCACUAUGUUGUCCCUGACUGUCAAGUGCUCCAAGAUUAUCAGGAGGUGCUGGAGUUUACGGAGUUAGGAGGCAUCAUCUUUAUGCAGACGGCAUGCCAGGCUGUUCAGCAUCGGCGAGGACGCAGGCAGUAUAAGAAGCUACGUUCUAUGCUUUGUGAUGCUCGGCGAGACUGUGUCUUUUUUCCGAAUGAAUUCCAGCAUUACGCUUAUCUUCCUCGCGAGAAGGGAGAGUGUGUGGAAGACUGGCAGACAAGAUGUAUAUACAACUCUUGUGUUUGGUACUAUCAGCACUGCCAUGGCAUGGUGCCUGUCAUCAUGGUGACGGAGAGGGAAGAUGUCAUCAGAAGAUACAACAAUGAAACCCAGGGCGUAUAUGUUUUAUCAUUUAAGAAUUACUUGGAAACUUUCUGGCCAACUCUGACAGGUGCCCAGGAACUAUACGAGUCAGUUCGGCAGGCCCUCUGUGAACGUGAUACUGAUAGUCGGGAGAGUAAUGGUAAGGAGUACCAGGAACAUCUUCCACUGGAAGUUCUGGAAGCGGGCAUAAAGUCUGGAAGAUAUAAGCAGGGUGUGCUCAGUGUUAACAAGCAUCGUUCCCAGUUGGAAGCAUUUGUAAGGCUCCAAGGCUUGACUGGAAAAGAUACAGACCUACAGAGUGAUAUUCUGAUCCAUGGUACUAAGGCCCGGAACAGAGCAAUCCAUGGAGACCUGGUGGCUGUGGAAGUUCUUCCUAAAUGUGACUGGAAGGGGAGAAUUGGAGCGCUGUGUGAGAACGAGGCAGAUGAGAGAGCCGUGGAUACACAGAGCGAGGUUAUGAUGACUGGUCGUGUUGUGGGGGUGCUACAACGGAAUUGGAGGGAUUAUGUGGUUACGUUGCCGUCUAAGGAAGAGAGACAAACUCAGGGAAAAAAUGCACAGAAAGUUCUUGUGACUCCUUGGGACUAUAGAAUCCCCAAAAUCCGGAUCAGCACCCAGCAAUCGGAGACUCUGCAGGAUUAUAGGGUAAUAGUGAGGAUAGAUUCCUGGGAAUCCACCUCUCUCUAUCCAAACGGACACUUUGUGCGAGCGCUGGGGCGUAUCGGUGACCUGGAAGCAGAAAUCGCAUCUAUUUUAGUGGAAAACAGUAUUAGCACAAACCCUUUCUCCGAAGCCCAGCUUGCAGAAAUGCCAACUAACAGCCCAGAGAACCCAUGGCGGGUUGCCCCAGAAGAAUGUGAUCGACGGGACUUGAGGGAGACUCAUUUGAUACUCAGCAUUGACCCAGAGGGCUGUGAAGAUGUGGAUGAUGCACUCUCCAUUCGGGCUCUAAGGAGUGGCCAUUUAGAGCUUGGUGUCCACAUUGCAGAUGUCACACACUUUGUGAAACCAAACUCUUACACGGACAUGGAAGCCAAAGUAAGGGCUACCACUUACUACCUUGCUGACCGUCGCUACGACAUGCUGCCUCAUAUCCUCAGUGCAGAUCUGUGCUCCUUGCUUGGGGGUGUGGACAGGUAUGCAGUGAGUGUAAUGUGGGAGUUGGACAGCACAACGUAUGAAAUUCGCAGAGUCUGGUAUGGACGCACCAUCAUCCGCUCUUCCUACAAGCUGAGUUAUGAGGUGGCUCAACAGCUGCUGGAUGGAGAUCUUGAGCCACUUGGCACUGAGCCUGAGCUAAAGCCUCUAUUACAGGACUCUGCUCAACUGGAUCGCCUCCUAUGGGCAAUACGUAAACUGACUGAGGUCGCCCAAGCUGUCAGGUCACGGAGAGAUAUGCAUGGCGCACUGGAGUUGGAAGGGGUGGAAAUACGGGUUCAGUUGGGGGAGGAACACAGCAUUGAUGACUUGGUUCCUAAGCAGCCCUUGCAGGUUCAUGAGACUAUAGCAGAAUGUAUGAUUCUAGCUAAUCACUGGGUUGCCAAAAAGAUUUGCGAGAGCUACCCUCAGCAGGCAUUACUCCGACUUCACCCACCUCCACGACAGGAGUUUUUCAAAGAGCUGAAAGAGACUGCUCACGCAAAAGGAUUUUCCAUUGAUACACGCACAAACAAGACUUUGGCUGAUUCUUUGGAGAAAGCCAAUGACCCAUCUGACCCUUUAGUGAACCGGUUACUGCGAGCGAUGGCGACUCAGGCCAUGUCCAACGCGCAGUAUUUCUCUACAGGCUCAUGCACAGAGGAUGAAUUCUAUCACUAUGGAUUGGCUCUUGAUAAAUACACACACUUCACUUCCCCGAUCCGUCGCUAUGCUGAUAUAAUAGUGCAUCGGCUUCUCCUGGCUGCUAUCAACAAUGGUCUAAGAGAACAUCUUCUUGGAAACAAGGACUUGGAGGAGCUGUGCCGUCAUAUAAAUAAUCGCAACCGGGCUGCCCAGCAUUGCCAGAAACAGUCUACAGAGCUCUUCCAGUGCAUGUUCUUCAGAGAUAAAGACCCGGAGAGUGACCAGCGCUGCAUAUGUGAUGCCAUAAUAUACUCCAUCCGCACCAACGGAGUCUUACUGUUCAUACCCAGGUAUGGCAUUAAAGGACCCGCAUACCUUAAGAACAUGGAAGGCCUCGUUUUAUCAUUUGCUGAGGAUUGUUGUAAAUGGACGACUGGAUCCUUGCAGCGUCUCCCUGACCGAAUCACAGUAAUAACAGAGGGAGCAAAGGAAACCUCAUUCUGUCUAUUUGACCAUGUGACUGUGAGAAUUCGGAUACAGACGUCCCGCUUUCAUACAGACAACAUUCGCCUGGAGAUAGUCAGUAACAAACCCCAUGUGUCUCAGGAAGAACAGCCCUCCGUAGCUAGCGCUAACCAUGCCAAAAAUGAUCUAGUCAGAGAGGUUACUCGUACAGCAAUAGAGGCUCAGCUGGCAAAGGAAGAGGAGGCUGCAGAGAACAGAGCUGGCAGGAAACACCAGGAGUACCAGCAAACGCAGGGACGCAGCCUGUACACACUGCUGCAGGAAAUUCAUGAGCUGGCGCUUCUUGAUGUGUCCGGACAGUAAUCUUUGUCACUAUCCCAUUAAAUAGAGGAAUGUCACAUCCUCUGUACUUUCACUGCCUGAGGACAAAUGUACAAUGGAUUAGUAACCUGAAACAUUUUAUCAAAAUGUAGGCAGUUUUUAAAAAUAUCUUAGGUGGGAAAGUCUUAAGCUGCCCGAACACCUUCAAUAGCUGUCGUACAACAGCUUUCUCUCCAGACUCCCCACCUGGCAUGUAUGUGUUUUCAGUGGGGGAGAGAGGAGAAAGCCACUGCCAGGCACAUCUGGCAGCAGGUUACUUACUGGGAGAACAAAAGGAUCGGACUUUGAAAUUCAGCGCCUUUUCUUCCCCGACAUCAUCGGUCAGGAAAGAGCACAUUAGAUUGUUGUCCCGCCCUUGGGUUGGGCGUCAAUAGACUAAUGUGUAUGGGGGGCCUUUAGUGCGGCAGCUUUCUGGUUUUUAGAAUUUUAAUUUUAUUUUUAUUUUAAUCUAAAGCAGGACUGACUGUUUAUAGCCUUUGUAUCCUCAGGGCUUGAAUGUCUCCUACCUAUUUCGUGGGCUCUGAUAUCCGAUAAACUUAAUCGGAGUUUUACCACAUUUGCUAUGUACACUGUUUUACUGUUUCUUAAAAGUACAGUCUAUUUUUCUAUUUAAAAUAAAUA